AUGAAGUUGCUUGCUUCCCUUCUGCUCCUCGCGACCACUGCAUUCGCCGCAAACCCGACAGUGUAUUUCAUCAGACACGGAGAGAAACCCGACGACGGCAAUGGCUUGAGUGCACAGGGACAGCAGCGAGCCCAGUGCUUGCGCAGCGUAUUCGGCGCCAGCUCCGGCUACGCCAUUGGGCAUAUCAUGGCGCAGACGCCCAAGAGUGACGGCUCUCGCCAGCGCCCGUAUGACACCGUUCUGCCUCUUGCGACAGACCUCGGCCUGACGGUCGACGUAUCUUGCGACCGCGAUGACGAAGAUUGCGUCGCGGACGCCGUCAGGGACUAUAGCGGUAGCGGAAACAUUCUGAUCUGCUGGGAGCACAAGCAACUAAACAAUCUUGCCGAGGCGCUGGGGGCCGGCGACGUAGACAAGUACCCGGAUGAUUCGUAUGAUCUCGUCUGGACUGAUCCCUAUGAUUGGAGCAAGAUCGCUGAGGUCACUUCUGAGAACUGCCCGGGUCUGGAUGAUUAG